AUGGAGAGUAUCAGAAAGGAAUUUGCACUAGAUCAACCAACGUUCAAGGCCAUUGUCGAUGGUUUCAAAUCAGAAUAUGCAAUGGGCUUAAAUACAGCAUCUGCUUCAGGUCUAGCCACCAUGAUCCCAUCCUACGUCACAGCCUUACCCACCGGUGAUGAAAAGGGCACUUACCUUGCAUUGGAUUUGGGCGGAAGUACGCUUCGUGUAUGUGCCGUUGAGCUACGACAGGCUAAGAGAAGUAACGUCAAAGUGACAGAAUUAAAACGACACAUUGCACCCAACGAUCCUCUACGUACCAGUGGAGCAGUAGCCUUCUUUGACUGGAUUGUAGAUGCUAUUGACGAGUUACUGACAAUGAUAUCAGCAGCAGCUUCAUCCACUUCAGAGCCCUUAUCGUUAGGUGUUUGCUGGAGUUUUCCAAUAGAUCAAACGUCCAUAUCCACGGGUAAGAUACUGCGGAUGGGAAAGGGCUUCACUAUUGAUGGGAUUGAAGGACUUGAUCUGUUUACUUUAUUUCAGGAAGCAUUCGAACGCAAGGGUCUUCGAGUGCAAGUCAGAGCAUUGUUGAAUGAUACAGUGGGUACGCUGGUAGCACACGCUUACACAAACCCAAGCACUCGAAUUGGAUUUAUUUACGGUACUGGUGUCAAUGCAGCCUAUCCUGAAAAGGUAUCCCGCAUCGUCAAAUUACAGCAGCAACAGAAGGCUCAUACACAGCCAUCACAACAGAUGAUGCUUGUGAACACUGAAAUCGAUAUCUUUGGAAGCGAAGAUUACUUGCCCUUGAAUCGGUAUGAUAAGAUGUUGGAUGCUCAGCAUUCUCAGCCCAAGUUUCAGCUGUAUGAAAAGAUGAUGUCUGGUGGUUGUAUGGGUGAACUCGUCAGGUUGGCUGCGUUAGAUUUAAUCGACAAAAAUCUAUUGUUCAAUGGCUAUCGUCCUCAAGAGUUUGCUAUUCCGAUGGAAUUCGAUACUUCAGUACUCAGUCUGAUCGAAAGUUUCAUGAACGAGACUUUGGAGGUUCGAUUGCAGCAUUUCAAUCCAUUGUUUCAUUUUACCGAGGCCUACGUACCCUCUGAAAAUGACCUCCGCUUGCUGACAGACCUGUGUCAAAUCGUAUCUAACCGUGCAGCUAGAUUAGCUGCCGCUGCUGUCGCCUCCCUUAUCGAGCAGCAACAAGAAGACCUGUUGGGUCCCCGAACUGACCAGAAACCUAUUGUUAUCGGUGUCAAUGGCUCUACCUACGAAAAGUAUCCAACAAUGCAUGAUCGAAUCCACCAGGCUUUGACGGAAUGGUUUGGUGAGGAAAUAGGGCAAAGAAUCCAACUUGAAGUAGCCACGGAUGGUGGAAGUAUUGGUGGUGCUUUAAUAGCUAUGCUGGCCGAGAAGGAGGAGAAGAUGAUGAAUGAUCUAGGAGCGUUGUCGUCAUAGCUUCAACUAAUAAAGAAGAGGGUUCAAGCAACAAAGGUGCAUCAAAAUCAAAAGGAGAGAAAGAGCGAUCUAUAAGUCAAUCCUUGUUCACAUGUUUCUUCGGAUGGCUCACCCUGUUCAAAAGAACAAAAGCCUCAUCUACAGAGCCGAUGACUGCUGCCCCGCAGGAAGGUGCCUUCACUUCUGAUUCAAAAAGUGAAGAAGCAAGAUGCUGAAGAAAAAAAAAAAAAAUACAACAGUUGGGAAAGAAGUAA